AUGGCAGCAUCCAACACACGGACCCUGCGGUUCGUUCUGCUGGCAUUUUUCACAAUAGCCGUACUUUUCAAGGUCUACUCGUCAACCUAUGUCUCUACCGCCAAAACUUCUAUUAUUCCUGUAGAGCAAAUCAUCUCACAACAAAACGGCUCUCCUAGCUCGCCUUCCACCGCCGAUGGCGCAACCUCCCCAGGCUCGGUUUCCUCUGAUCAGACACCCAACACAUCCAACUCUCUCCCUCCCGCAGUACAUUCUGGCGAACGUGCAAAUGCGACUUUCAUCACUCUCGCGCGGAAUAACGACAUCUGGGAGAUUGCCAAAUCCAUCCGGCAGGUCGAGGACCGUUUCAACCGAAAAUUCAAUUACGACUGGGUCUUCCUGAACGACAAACCCUUCGAUGCUCAAUUCAAAAAGAUUACUACUGCCCUGGUAUCCGGCAAUACGAAGUAUGGAUUGAUUCCCAAGGAGCACUGGAGCUUCCCCGAUUGGAUCGACCAGGACAAAGCGAAGAAAGUCCGAGAGGAUAUGGCGCAGCGUAAAAUCAUCUAUGGUGAUAGUGUCAGUUACCGUCACAUGUGCCGUUUUGAAUCCGGCUUCUUCUUUCACCAUCCCCUUCUGCUUGACUACGAAUACUACUGGCGCGUUGAGCCAUCAAUUGAGCUCUACUGUGAUGUUGACUACGAUGUAUUCCGAUUCAUGCGCGACAACAAGAAAAAGUACGGGUUUGUGCUAUCUCUGUAUGAGUAUGUGGAGACUAUUCCCACACUCUGGGAUAGUGUCAAAGCCUUUAUGAAGGAGUAUCCUCAGCAUAUACACAAAGACAACGCAAUGGCCUUCUUGUCGGACGACGAUGGCAACACGUACAACCAUUGUCAUUACUGGUCGAAUUUUGAGGUCGGAUCGCUGGACUUUUGGAGAGGGCAAGCAUAUACGGAUUUUUUUAACAAAUUGGACCAUGAUGGAGGGUUCUUUUAUGAGAGAUGGGGGGAUGCCCCGGUGCAUAGUAUCGCGGCAGGGUUGUUGAUGUCGAAGGAUGAAAUCCACUUUUUCAACGAUAUUGCUUACUAUCAUGUCCCGUUUACUCAUUGCCCCACCACGGAGAGCGACAGGAUCAAACUCAAAUGCACCUGCAACCCGAAGGAUAACUUUGACUGGAAGGGAUACUCCUGCACAUCCCGUCACUUUGAUGUCAUGGGCUUGGAGAAGCCGGAUGGCUAUCAGAACCAAAUGGACUAA